CUUCCUUCAUUCUCCCCUUGCUCCUUCCCGCUUCAGCAGCUUCUUCUUCCUUCCUCCUCCCUUCUCUCUAGCCAUCGUCGAAAGCUCGCCGGCGCCGUUUUUCGUCGCAACCAUCUAGGAAAUCGCUAGGUUCUCACCUCGCCUCUCACCGAUAGCCUUCUCGCUCCCCCCGUCGAGGCUUCUCACAUUUUGCCUCGCCGUUCGGAUGAUUGCGAGAAUGAUCGGGGGAGAAAACAGCGAAAACGAAAUAGAAUCGGAGACAGAUGGAGAACAGGAAGAACCGGAGGAGGUAUACCAUUGUCAAGACGCGGAGUUCAGCGAUUUUGAGAAGGACAAAGCUGAACACUGCUUUGGUGUGAAUCAAACUUGGGCUCUAUACGCGAACCAGGAUUGUAUGCCGAGAUUCUAUGCUCGCGUCACGAAACUGCUUUCUCCGGGGUUCAAGCUCGAGAUAACAUGGCUUGAGCCUUGUCCAAAUAAGAAAGCGGAGCAAGAUUGGGUUGAUGGAGAUUUGCCUAUCUCGUGUGGUAGAUUCGAGUUGGGGGACACUGAAGAAGUCGUGGAUGCUCAGAUAUUUUCGCAUCAAGUGGAUUGUAGAAGGGGAAAGUGCAAGGGCACUUAUGUAGUCUACCCAAAGAAAGGGGAGACUUGGGCUCUGUUCAGGGAUUGGGAUAUGAAAUGGGGAUGUGAACCAGAAAGACAUAGGCCACCAUACAAGUAUGUUCUCGUUGCAAUCGUAUCGGAUUUUAGGGAAGGAGUUGGUGUUAAGGUUGCUUGUCUGAGGAAAGUGAAAGGUUUUGUUUCCAUCUUUCAUCAAUUGGGUGAUAGUAAGGUUAAUAGCUCAUUUUGCAUACCUUCAGAUGAAAUGUACAGAUUUUCGCAUCAGAUUCCUUCCUGCAGAAUGACUGGGCUGGAAAGACAUGGUGUUCCUGUCGGGUCUUUUGAUCUUGAUCCUGCUUCACUACCUAGAUGCAUUUUCGAGGUUGAUGGACAGGAAGAAGAGAAGGUUCUGGGUUAUAAACCGGAACCUGCGAGGGCAUCUGGGGAUCUCUUUCGGCCAAGCAAGAGUGAGAGUGAGACUGAAAAGCGGAGGAUUGUAUGUGGAUUGGCAGCAGUAGUACCAUUUAUCAAUGGAUCGAGUUCAUCAUUCCAGAUGAGGCAAAACAUUGGUUCUCGUAAGAAACGUUGCAGUACUACAUUCAGGGAUGAGAUUGAGCCAAGUAGAGCACCACCCAGGGAUAUGAGCAAGAGAAGUGCUAAGGUAGCUGCAGGCACGGGUGUUGACAUUGAGAUUGCUGAGAAGCUUAUGACUGCUAGUGAAGGAGAGAACCAAGCCCAAACAAAUAGUUCCUCGAGUGAUUCUGUUAAGCCAAAGCAUUUGUUUGCCACGAUUGAAAGUUCCGCUGGUCACAUAGCAUUUGCAGGCAUGGGUGUUGACAUUAAGAUUUCUGAGAAGCUUAUGGCUGCUAGUAAAGAUGUGAACCAAGCCCAAACAAGUAGUUCCUCGAGUGAUUCUGGUAAGCCAAAUCAUUUGCAUGCCACGAUUGAAAGUUCUGCUGGUCACACAGCAUCUGAAAUUUCUCCAAAGCGAAAAGUCAUCCAUGAGGAGGAAAUUAAUUCUAAGAAACAAAGAUCUGAUGAUGAAGUUCACUUGGGUCAUGAUAAUCGUGUUAGUAAUCAGAUGUGGGGUCUUAAAGAGGAGCUGCGUUUUAAGGAGGCAGAGUUAGCUAUGCUGGGUGAAAGAAUUAAGGAUUAUAAGACGGAGCUAGAAAGAACCCAACUCUCCCUUCAGGGAAGACAAGUAGAGCUUGCUGAAAAAGAACGUUGUCUGCAUUCCGUUGAGGAGUUGAUUACAGAAACCAACCUAAAACUUGAGGACAGAGAGAAUCAGUACAAGGCAGUAAGAAGGUCUGUUGCUCAGAUUUCGGUGGAGCUCCGCUCUAAUGAGAAGCAUCUUGAGUCCCUUGAGCGGUCUAUUCGUGAUUCCAUGGCAAAAGAGAAGGCACUCUAUUAUGUCAAUGAUGAAAUGAAGGAGUGCUGUCAAAUUCUUACCUUCAAAGAGAGGGAAUUGAAAGAUAUACGAAAGACCAUUGAAGCUAAAAACAAAGUUCUUGAUGUGAAAUGGAAGCUACUAAAGGAAAUCAAAUCGAAGAUUGCACUUACCACUGAAGAGCUCAAAUCAAAGGAAGAACAUUUGAAACAUGUCGAAGAUUCAACGGUAAAGCUGGAGCGGAAACUGAAACAAUAUCAAGCGUUUGGAACAGAUCUACUUUUGGAUGCAGGUAAUGCUAGAGAUCUGCAGUUGCUCCUGGGUGAGCAUAUACGGAAGAAUGAUAUACUCCAAAGUAAAAUAUCUUCUGUGAUUCAAAACUCAAUUGAGCCUGCAAAGUUGGUAUUACAAGCAAUGAAUGGCUUCCAUCCUCCGGCUUCGCAGAACAGAGAUGUGGACUAUGAUUUAUCUGUCACAAGGAGAAGCUGCAUUACUCUGCUGGAACACUUGCUGGAAAUCAGACCAUGGAUUACAGAUGAUGUGAGAGGAGAGGCAAUGAAGCUAGCUAAGGAAUGGAAGGCAAGAAUGAUGAUGAAGCCAGCAACUUCACUGGAGAUCCUGGGCCUGUUGCAGCUCAUAUCUGCUUUCGGUUUGGCCUCUGAUUUUGGUGUUGGCGAAGUUAGACAGCUUGUAAGUAGUGGCCGUCCUCAACAAGGGAACGGAAGUGAAACAUGGCGAUCUCUUGGGAUUAUGGAUGACUUAGCUUUGCUGCAGGCGCAUUCAUAGUGGAGUGAUUUUGGAGAUGGUAACAACCACACUGCCCCAACUUGAGUUUCGAGCUAUGAUAAGAGAAAGUACACAGGAGAGACGGAUUUACCUCAGGAGUCUAUAUUCUAGCUAAGUUUUAAGUAACUAUAGAAAUGCGAACCUCUGUCAAUUCAAAUUUGAAAAUUUGGAAGACUUGAAAAAGAAGAUUGAAAAAACUGCGUUAACAAAUUCGCUACCAGAUACUGGAGUUAUGGAGGGAAUGACUUAAACAGAUAGAAUUUAUAAUUGAUGUGGACAGAGGUUUCCUUCGAGGGCAAGGCUUUAGAGUACACCUCCUAAAGUGGAUGGCUCUCAUGAACUAUUGUAUAUUUCAACCUGACACAUGCUAGACCUUGAGCAAGCAAGCCUGGCCUGCCCAAGGUGGCGGUACCGACUUGCUAGGUCAGCUGAGAACCUUAAGCGCUAGUGCAAUUGAUAAACUGUCUUGAACUGUUUUGCUUGUAAUUUACAAGCAAGAGUAAGAUAUAGAGUGUCGGAAAUAUGUUCUUUUUUAUUAUUUUGGUGAUUGAUACUAAUAUCGUAAUUACAAAUA